AUGGGUCGUGCGGUGGUCUUCUGGAACUCGUACACGAUGCACGUCCUGGCCCGGCGGGACGGCCACGCGGCCACCGUGAGGCACUGCCUGGUGGACGAUCGUAGCGAUCGCGUCAUCACCAUCUCUGCCGACAAGGCCGUACGCUGCUGGGACAGCGCCACCUUCCGCUGUAUUCAGAGUUUCAAGGACCACCGCAUGCACCGGCCUGACGAUACGAUAACGGCCGCUCUCUGGGACCACAGCCGAAGCUCGCUCGUAGUCGCCGGCAGCAGGCUAGGCGUGUGGAAAAACAAGGGAGCCAUACAGUCCAGCAAGCAUUCCCACGAGGCGCCGGUGACGGCCGCAUUGUACAAUUGGCACUUCCAUCAGAUUGUCUCCGGAGAUGCGAUGGGGAACGUUCACGUCUGGCUCGUCGAGACCGGGCUUCUCGCUUUCAGAUUUGGCAAAGCGCACGGCACCUCUAAGAUAAGCUGUAUGGCUUUCGACGCGUCCGAGCGGCGGCUGUUGACCGGGGCUAACGACGGGACCGUGAAGCUGUGGAACUUUAACAGCGGCAAGGAACUGCGGCUGCUGCUACCUGGGGGCAACGGAGGCGGAGGAAAAGCCGGGAAGAAGAACGAGGAGGGAAACGAGAGGAAUGAGGUGUCCGGCGUUGUGUACUGCAGGGAAGACGGCAAGGGAUCGGAUAACGAGGUUCUCGAUUACGUUGCUACUUGCUCGUGGGACAAGCAGGUGCGAGUUUUCGCCAUGGAGAGCAGUCAAGAGGACAGCCGCAAUCUCGCCGCUCUUCAGCAGCAGCAGCAGAACCGCCACCGGCCCCUCGAAGGAGGAGAGACGGCCAACGCCACGGUUGCGUCUCGGGUGUUCCCGGGAGAGGGUCCGCCCCUGCAUCGUCAUCAUCAGGGUGGUGCUGGCCGACGGAAGGGAGGUAAUAGUGUCGGUGGCUCUAGUCGUAGCGACGGCGAAAACGAAGGUGGCGGCGAUGAAGACACGCAAGACCGAGGUCAAGGACACUCGGCAGACAUCCUUGCCAUCGCUUACUGUGGGCGCCAGCAGGUGGCGACCGCAGGCUUCGAUGGGCGAAUCUUCAUCUGGGGAACAGAGUCCGGCAAACCAAAGUUUUCAAUGAAGCCAUCCGAUCACAACGUCAGCCAGCUGGACGAAGUGUCGUCCAUCGGGGGGCUGACAAGCGUUGCGCGGUGGAUGGCGAGGCAACGGAAGAAGGAUGGCAAGGCGUUGGACAGCGACAGUGUCGAUUCCGGCGGAUACCUGGAUCGCAUGAGGGACCUUUUGGCGGAGGACGUAUCCAUGUGUCACGUGUCGUGGGACGGAAGAGAAUACUUCGCGGAGGAACGUAUGGGCGGCAGCGACGACGGCUCCGGUACAGCACAAGCCGCCAACCACACAAUUGAUCCCGACCCCGAGGGUGGAUCGGCGGCGUCGGCGGACGUAGAUGAGAACGCCGAUACUGCCGUUGCCGAAACAACGGCUCAAGAGGUGUCCGUGGUCUCUGAGGAGGAAGCCAAGGCUAACAGCAGUGGCUCUGUGGAGGCUAAAGGCUCCGCAGCAGGUGGAGGGGCGGCGGACAGUGACCGAAAAGGGCGUGGAGGGGCGUUGUGUCGGCCAGAUCAAACUUCGCCAGUAAAACCACCGCGCGACGAACGAGUAGCGGCAACGGGCGGCGACAACGCCAGUCCUCUCACUUCGCCGGCGGUGCUGCCGCCGUCUUUGGGUGCUGGCGGCGGCGAAGGAAAUUAUUCGUCAUCAACGACGGGUCACGGGGCGAAUAGCUCCAAGGCGGCGUCUGCGACCCACUCGACGGACGGCCCUGCUCCAGCGAGUGGUUCAGCCAGUCUGGGGCCAACAGGGAAAAUCCAAGAAACAGAGUUGCCAGCGGCGAGUGAGAAAGGUCUAGCAAGCGUGGAGAAGCAUUCCAAAGACGGCCGGCAACGGCAGGAGGAAGAGAUGCAGCAGCAGCAGCAAGGAGUCAGGAAAGAAGGGAAGGGUGGGGAGGAGAGCGGCGGUCGCGGUGGUGGUGGUUCACGGUCGAAAGGUGACGGGUCGUCGAAGGCCGUCGCCAUCGCCUCCGCCGCCGGCAAGGAGGCAGACGGCGGGGUGGAUGGGCUGCUCGAGAGCGCCGUGUCUCACACGGUGGACUGCCUGAUAUACAUCACAUGCCACAACGUCCUCUGUUCGGGUACUGCUUCCGGCGAGCUGCACUUGUGGGACGCGUCCACGGGGGCGUUCAUUUUCGGCGUGGCGGCGCGGCACCCGAACAACCCCGGCUUGACCGCCAUGAGCACCAAUGAAGGUCCCGUGGAAAGGGGUGGAGGACUCAACCACGACACGCCCGAAGGCCCGAGUGCCCGCGGCGGCGGUGACAGUCUUGGUGACGGCUUUGGUGUCGGUGCGACUAGGGCACCAUCGGCAGCGGUGCGAUCUACGACGCCGGUUGCUGGCAGCCGUAGCAACCUCAUGCUGUUCACGGCGUGCGAGGAGGGGUUCGUCAAGACUUGGAGGUUGGGAGAUAUCACCGAGCACGUCUACCAGACGGGCAUGCGAGCAAGACCGAAGCCGCCGCGAAAAUCUCGAUCUGGCCGAGGGAGGAAAGGAUCGGCGACUGCGGGAGAGGCAACAGCGCAAGCGUCCCCCUUGGCGGCAGUUCCCCCUGCUAUGGCCGACAGCCCAGGGACUCAGCAGACCACCUCCCUGCUACAGCCUAUGCACCAGUGGCAGGCCCACAAGACAACGGUUACUUCCGUGCAUGGCGCCGACUAUCGCGGGAAGCUAGAUCUCCUUGUCACAGCGGGAGAUGACUGCUACGUCCAUAUGUGGACGAUCGCAGGCGCGCACAUCGGGACCUUCGGCCAGCCAACGGCUUGGUCUCUCGGGAGCCGCGCCACGUGGCGGGAACCCACAGACCAGGCUCUCUGCAGCGCGUACGGGCACGGCGGGGCGGGCAAAGAAGACGACGAGCUUUCGGCCACCACCACAACAGCUUCCGCCGCCACCGCUGCCGCCGGAGAAAAGGAGUCCAAAGCAAAGACGCAUGGAGGGAGCAAACAUUUGCGUCGAACGGUGAGAUAG